AUGGGUUUGCGAGCGAAGAAGCUGCGAUUCCCGCGCAUGUUCCGGUCCUCCUUCGCCGCCUCCUGCAGCACCCGAACCGUCGCCCAAGUCGUCCACCGAUCCGUCCUCAUUCCCCGGCCCUCCUCGCCCCGCGAUUCCACCCGGACCAUCUUCAGCGACUCCGACGGCCCCCGAUUCCCGCGCCGAACCUCGUCCGAGCGGUAUCCACCGUCCGUCCUCAGGGACGACGACUACCUCGGCCGCCGGUGCCCUCCCUCGAUGCCUAUCACUCCCUUCAUGAGAAGACUACCCCAGCCGCCGGUGCCCUCCCCCGUAGAAAAUAAUUCCAGAAGAGGACUGGUUCAGCGGCGACGACGGCGGCGAGAGCGGCUCGCCCCCUCCACCUCCCGCUCCCUCUCCCCGGACUCGUCGGAGACCCGCCGCCGGAGGAGGGGCCGCGCGGCCGGAUCCGGGGCGCUUCCGCUGGCCGGCGGGGGGAUCAAGGACAGCUUCGCGGUGGUGAAGCGGUCGAGUGACCCGCGUGGGGACUUCCGGCGGUCGAUGGUGGAGAUGAUAGUGGAGAAGGAGAUGUUCGGCGCGGAGGAGCUGCAGAAGCUGCUGGAGUGCUUCCUGGCGCUGAACUCGCACCACCACCACCGGGUGAUCCUGCUGGCGUUCGCCGAGAUUUGGGAGGCCCUGUUCUCGAGCCGGUCGUGA